UUGUCUUUGCUUCUCUCCGCCGUCAGUCAUGUCCUCGCAAAACCGCCGUUCUUCGCUUUCCACGCCCUCUUCGUCCGCAGCCAAGAGGCCUGCGUCCUUAGAAAAUGCCACCAAGGUUUCUGCUGUUCAGCCUCUGCAGGCCAAGAAACGACCGGCUCUCUCUAACUUGACCAACCAGAACAAUUUGUCUCGGAACACUGUUCGUCCCUCUGGAGCAGCGGCGACUCAGGCGCCAUCUGCAACUAAAACUGCCAAAAUAAAGAAGGUAUCUUCUGAUGUUCGAACUACAGUUUUUGCUCGAAGUUCUGUGCCCGAAUCCUCCUUUGUGAAGUCAAGUACAGUUGUUUCCUGCAAGCAUGUUUCUGUACAAAGAAGUGAUGGACCUAUAUCCAGUUAUGUGAUGCCUCUAGCCCCUUGCAGCAUGGACAUUUCUCCAAGUCAAUCGGAUGGAGGUUCAGUCUCUUUGGAUGAAAUGAUGUCUACAUGUGACUCUUUGAAGAGUUCGGACAUUGAAUACAUCGACAAUGCUGAUGCUUCAGCUGUUGCUUUUAUAGAGAGAAGAACAUGUAACAAUCUAUAUAUUUCGGAUCACAUUGAACCAGCAACAGGGGAUAUCUGCAGGCGAGAUAUACAUAUGGAAAUGGAUUUGUCUGACAAAAUAGUUGAGUUUGCUGACAACUACAAGGAUCCACAACUAUGUGCUACCAUUGCCUGUGACAUUUACAAACACUUGCGUGCAUCUGAGACCAAGAAGAGGCCUUCCACAAACUUUAUGGAAGAAGUUCAGAGGGAUAUCAACGCCAGCAUGCGUGCAAUAAUGAUUGAUUGGCUUGUGGAGGUUGCUGAAGAAUACAGGCUCGUACCUGAUACACUAUAUUUGACUGUUAACUACAUUGAUCGCUAUCUUUCUGGUAAUGUCAUGAAUAGGCAAAGGUUACAGUUGCUUGGUGUUGCCUGCAUGAUGAUAGCUGCUAAAUACGAGGAGAUUUGUGCACCUCAGGUAGAAGAGUUCUGUUACAUAACAGACAACACAUACUUCAAGGAAGAGGUCUUGCAAAUGGAGGCUGCUGUUUUGAAUUACUUGAAGUUCGAAAUGACAGCACCAACAGUUAAAUGUUUUUUAAGGCGAUUUGUACGUGCUGUUCAAGGAAGCAACGAGGUUUCAUUGUUGCAGUUGGAAUGCCUGACCAACUACCUUGCAGAGUUGUCCCUCCUCGAGUAUGGCAUGCUUCGUUAUGCUCCAUCGCUGAUAGCUGCUUCUGCAAUUUUCUUGGCAAACUUUAUACUCCACCCGUCAAAGAGACCAUGGAAUGCUACCGUUGGGCAUUAUACAUUGUAUAAGCCUUCUGAACUGCGGGACUGUGUUAAGGCUCUUCACCAUCUUGCUUGUAAUAGUCAUAAUACUGGUUUACCGGCAAUCAAGGAGAAGUAUAGUCAGCAUAAGUACAAGUUUGUGGCCAAGAAGUGCUGCCCACCCUCAGUGCCUCCAGAGUAUUUCCAAGACUCGACCAACUAAGCACACCCGCCAAUUCAUGAGUUCAGUUCCAGUGCCUUCAAUAUCUCUGUGAGAAAUGCGCAGGACUUGAGCAACUAGCAC